AUGGAGAGAAUGGGCAUUGAAGAAGCCAAGGGCAGCGACCAAGAAAGCACCUGCAGUGAGAGGGAACAAGAAUGUGCAGCCCAUGCACAUGGUGACAGCCACGAGGCCAGGGGUGAGGUGCUGAAUGACAUAUUCAAGCCGGUAGAGCUGAAGGACCUCAGGAGCGACAGAACCAUCUUUCAGGACCUUGGAGGAGAGAAGAAGCAGCCAAGAGAGUCCGAGUUUCUCCGGAAGCCCGUGGUGAAGAGCUCAGGCCCUGCAAAGAACGAGAUCCCGGGGGUUGUGCUUAAGGCAGGUGCCAACCUGCACAAGUUUGUAGGGGAGUGGGAAAGUAUAGGGACAGGUGUUGUCUAUGUGACUAAAAACAAGGAGAAGAGAUGCUUCUUCAUUAGGGACGGGGUGAUGCUGAGUGCAUUUGACUUCCUUGUCACCUACGAUGUAAGGCCCACAAAGAAAAGGCUGGGAGUGUGCAUUGUCGUUAGGGAGAUGGCAGAGAACAAGUGUGUUGAGCAGCUAUACUGUGUUGUUUUUAGGAGCGAGAGCGAUGCAGACGAGUUUGUAAGGGCGAUCAAGACUUGA